AUGGCUCAGGUGCUCCUUCCUCUUCCUGUUGCUCAUGUUAUUGAUUUGCUUCGCGCACUCGUCGUCCAGCACGGCCAUCUACGACAACCUGUGCCGCCGGUUCGUGAAGCUGAGCAAGUGGUGCUGUCCGUCAACUACCGGCGCGCCCCCGAGCACCGGUACCCGUGCGCCUACGACGACGGCUGGACGGCGCUCAAGUGGGCCAUGUUGCAGCCCUUCCUCUGCAGUGGCGAGGGCGCCCAGCCCCGCGUGUUCCUCUCCGGCGACUCCUCCGGCGGCAACGUCGCCCACCAUGUGGCCGUCCGCGCCGCCGACACCGGGAUCAGGAUCUGCGGCAACACCCGGCAAAAUGAGUGGAAGCAAAGCUUAACAAAAAGCCAAUCAAGAGUCCCCCCUGCGCAUGCGCGGUCGGCUGCCGACGCACCGGCAACAUGGUCGGCGGCGCGGGCUGCUCUGUGCCUGCGGGCUGCGGGCGCCAUCCCCAACGUCCGUGCCGCGCUCGCCGGUGGCGCUGCGCACGGCUUCGUCCCCGACGGCGCCCGAGGCGCCCAGGACGCAGACGCCGCAGCCUCGGCGGCGCGCAUACUCGACGACGCGCACAUGGCUGGAAGAGGUGGCGGCAGCAUGAGAAGGGAGGAGAGAGACAGAGGGGAGGGCGACGGGGUGGGUGGGGAUAAAAAUAAAUAG